UUCUCUUUUCUGUUUCCGGUUUGUUUACUCGCACUUCCUGGAAACAGUCCCUGGAAACGGGGGGAGGAGGCGCGCGCCGACUCAAAACAAAAUGGACCUCCAAGAGGCAGCAGCAGGAGACGGACGUCAGGUGUUAAGCCGCCCAGGAAGUCCCAGUCACAGCAGCAGCAACCAGGAUCAGAACCAGCCUCCUCCGGGAAUAGAAGACUCUCAGCGCCCAGGACGGCUUGAUCCACUGUUAGAUCUUCAGGACAGUAGCCUCUCACCGGCGCUCCACCUUCAGCCGGCAGCCUCUGGGAUGGAGCCCAGCCUCACAGAUCUCUCUCUGCUCCAGCAGACAUAUGCAGAGUUUGCUCCUUUGAGGGCGUGUCCAGACUUUUCAAUGACAUCACAGGACGCCAGCACACAUCAGGCUGGGGGGAUCGCCUCGUACCCCAGCUACGCGAUCCAAACAACGGUCCUCUCUACAGAUGGUCGGAGCAGCUACUGCACUCUUUCAGACCACAGUUUCUCCCCCACCAACCUGUACAAAGUGAAGAAAAGCCCCCCCCCAGACAAGACUGCUGCAGGAGGAGCAGCUCUCCCCCUGGACCAGAUAAAAGGACCUGGAGCAUCCGGGGCUGAGAAAUCCAGAGCUCUCUUUAAUGUCAACAGCACUGUUUCUGAGGACCCAUGGGGGAGGUUCAACACAGAUGUGCUCAGCAGCCUUCAUCAGCCUCCAGCAUGCUCGGCUCAUGCCCCCAACUCGUCUUCAGGAGGAGAGGCUGAAUCGGGGGAGGUCAGAGCCGGUGAGGGGGGGCCCUCUGCAACUGACCUCUGGCCCUCUGGGAACCAAAAAAUCUCUUUCCUGGGUUUCGUUCCACAGUCCCAGUCCACUCCAGGAGGAAUCAUGAUCCCACCUGGGUCCAGAGUCCAAGUAGGUGUGCAUCCCCCCCCACAGGUCCCAGCUCUGCCAAGUCUCAGCUAUGUGCAGAAAGUGGAUGCUUGGAGGGCAGGUCAGAGUAUAGGGUUAGGGUUAGGGGGGCUCUUGGAGACAAUGUCAGAACCCAAUCCCCUGACCUGUAACGCCCCCCCCAGGUCUAGUGGUUCACAGCAACACCCCCAUCUUGCUGCUGACUCUCACAACGUCUCUGGGCUUCAAGUGGGGCCUUCUGUCGAUGCGUCUUCGGUCCCCAGCCUAGAAGUGGAGAACUGCACCUCCUAUUUGACAUCAAAAGGAUCAUUGCCCCCACCCUUUCCAAAGCCGCUGCAGCUCCACCCUGAUGAAAAGAGUUCUAUAUGUAACCUGAGCAUAGACCACCCCCCCUCAACUUUCCCGACUCCAUUUGUACCCAGAGGACCAAACAGAGGCCCUGAAUGUGCCCCCACAGUUAAAGGAUCCACUGGCACCCCCUUGGAAAGCUCUCAGCCACCUGCAGGGGAAAUUCCCGUCAAAGGGAACUUUUCUGGAUCAGCUGGGCCCCCCCCUGUUUCUGCAGGCCAUCAUUGUCCAGCCCUGUCAGAGGCGGGGACACUCAGAGAGAGGACCCUCCCUCCACAAACAGAGGAGCAGCGGGCUACUGAGGCCGUGGUGAAAGUGGAUCAGGGUGUGUCCUUGGUUCCCCGGCAGACCCCCAGGGGGGGUGGAGAGGAUUCUGCUGUCAGUUCUACAGCAGGGUUGGUGCUGCGGGAGCUCCUCUCCCAUAGGAUGAAUGGAAAAUCAACAGGUUUGCCUGCAGCCUCUUCAGCCCCCCUCCUCUGGGAAGACACAUCUGCAUUAGUGCAGAUGGAAGCCAGAAAGCUGCAAGGCUCUUCUGUGCCCCCCUCCUCCACUGCUGCAGACCCCUGGAGGAUGGGGACCAGGUCCCACUCAGAGCCCAUGCUCAGCUUAAAGGUGCUGAGGCAGAGUCAUGCUGGACAAAAGACCCCUAUUCCAUCUCCGCACCCCAGUCCGCCAUCUACAACUGCCCCCACCUGUCUGUCACACCACAAGGCCGCAGGCAAAGCUGCUGGGGGGUCCCCCGUCCUCUGUGAUGCAGCCCGGCGGACAGAGCCGGAGGGCUGCAGUGCCGCCCCACCCAAAAAAGUCUCAACAUCGCAGGUCUCUGGGCCUCCACCAGCAAACACACAGCAGCUCUUACACCAGGGGGGGGUCCCGAGGGAUGACGAAGAGCCUGGACAAGUUGAGCCCCCCUCCGUCGUUACCACAGACGUGGAUAUGCUGAGUGACAGGAGCAGUGACAGCUCCCUGACUGUCAGGGUGGCCAAGCUACUGCAGGACGACCCCUCCUCCACCACACUGUCCAGCCCCCCCAGCAACGCGGAGCAGGAUAGCAGAGAGAGGAACCAGCAGAAGGUGUGGGCUUGGUGCCGCCAGCCUCUGCAGCUAAAUGAAGAGGAUAGGAGGGGGGUUGAGGAGGUGAAGAGGCUGCUGCUGCUGAAGGGUGAAGGCAGCUCCGACACCGGGGGCAGCAGCUCCGACACUGGGGGGGCCAUGGCCUUCAAUCCUGCAGACAGCUAUUUUGGCUUUAGUGUGCCCCCCCCAGAUAACCUCUUCAAACCAGUUCCAAAGUGCUUUCACUCCACAUCACCUGCUUCUCCCCCCUCUGCAGAAGUCUCCGAGGCAACACUUAGGCCCUCGGUGAAGCAACAUGAAUCAGCAGGACACGCAGAGGGAGGGGCUGCAUCAGCAAAGUUAACCAAUAAAUCUGGUUUUGUCCCCCCCUGGAGCCAAAAUUUGACCCGUCUGAGUCAGAAGAGGAGUGAAACUGUGGUGGGGCAGGAAAAAGAAGCCCCCUUGUCGCUGACUGAUGGGGGUACCUGCGUAAUCAGCUCUGCCUCAGAUGUCAGUCAUGAGGGGGGGCAGUCUUCUGCUGCUGGAACAGAGCCCGUCCCCUCCCCCAAAACCCGUGCUCACAACCUCCCUACAGCCGGCAGCGCCUUCAGGCGAUUAUCUGUCAGCAGUCCUGAUCAAGGGGCGGGAUUCUCCAGUCCUGCGGGGGGGUGGGCCCUCAGAGAGCAGCAGAUACCUGACAGCUGCAGGUUUGAAAGGGGGGAGACAGCCCAGUUCACCUCCACGACACACUGCAGAGGUGCAACAUCGCCUCCUCCCUUAUAUGAACAGACUCCAGCAGUUCCUGUGCUGCGUCCCUACAAACCUCCUGGCAGCGAUGAGCUCUUCUACAUCCCCGAUAGAGAAGCCAGCUGCUCGCCUGCCAGCACCAUGGAGAGCACCCACCCAGGCUCAGACGACGCCGUCCCCCCUCCCUUCAGCAGUGACGUCCUCGGGCAACAGGACCCCGGGCUGGAGGCUGGGGUGACAUUCAGGCAUUCUGAGGGCAUCUACAGCAAGAGGGUGAACUCCUUCAACAUUCAGACCACAGGACUCACAGCUCACUCCAGCCCUCCAAAAUCUCAGCUGCCCCCCUCCACAAACAAGCAGGUUCUCAGGAGAGACCAGAGGACCAGCCUGCACCACUCCCCCCACCUUGAGCAGACUCAGUCCAGGUUCCAGCCUGACCAUGCAGUCCACAGCCUGGACCUGCUGUGGCAGAGGUUCUGUGAGACCUGGGGGGGGUCAGGUCCAGUCUGUAACAGAGAGACUUCCCUAGUGGAGCGUCUGCAGCGCCUGUCCCAACUCAUUCACAGCAUGGAGGGGCACGAGGAGGGGGGGCUUCAGAAGGUCACAGGGACACAGAGGAGCAGAGGAGAGAGGGGGGGUCAUGGUGCAGAACCAAUGAGGAAAGCUGGGGGCAGCAGAGAGGACGGAGCUCCAAUCCACCUUCAAGCUGAGGAGGCUCUACAGGGGGAGGAUAGCAUCCAAUCCGUGUCCUCCUGGAGCUCUUCAGUAGUUCACACAGAGCGGUCAGAGACCCCCUCCCCCAGGUCUGACUCCAGCAUCGACACGCAGCGCCUGAUCCAAGUCUACGGAGCCUACCGAGUCCAGAAGCUGAAAAACUGCUCUGGGCUCGGGAAACUGCACACAGCCAUCCACAGGCCUAAGGGGGGGGGGGCACAUCGCACAGACUCUCCCUCUGCCCCCCCUCCACCAGGAUCCACAGAGGACAGGGUCUCGUCACACGUGCCACACCCAGCAUGCUCCGCUUCAGAGGGGAGGAGCAGAAGCCUCCUGGGGGGAAAUCUGGACAUGGUUCACAGCAGGAGCCAGCCACUCACCAGAGACGUUGGAACCACCUUUCCUUCCCCAGGAGACGCCAGAGGCUUUGGACAGACCCCAUCCUCUCUGUCCACCACAGUGAUUGGAGGAGGAGGGACCCCUCCCAAGUUUCAGACUAACCCAAAACGGGGGAAAAGCAGAAGGGGUCCCUCACAGUCGCAUCCUGGAGGGGUGUCCUGGUUCAUCUCCGCGGACACUUUGAGGUCAGAGGAGCGGAAGGAGAACCGGCCCGAGUCUGCCGCCUGGUUCCAGCAUUGGUCCCGGGUUGAACCGUGGAGAGAGCCGCUCCGACUAAGACAAGUCCAGCAGGACCGGAGAGAGCAUCAGACGGACUCUGAACCAGAGCCCCGGACCAAGUUUGUCACCUCCACAGGGGGGCACAUUUCUCUGCAGGAGGCGCUGCAGAUGCAUCGCCCUGACUUCAUUUUACAUUCAAGGCAGAGGAUGAGGCGUCUGGCUGUACAGGCUCAGGAGAGGAGGCUCCUUAACGUGGAGGGUGCAUUCUGCUGCCAGACAGGGGCUCCACUGAGGCUGAGGAUGCCUGGAGGUUCGUUUUUAAGGAGGGCCGUUCCGAGGAAGGAGAUGAUCCAGAGGUCCAAACGGAUUUAUGAGAAUCUACCGGAGGUGCAGAGGAGGAGGGAGGAGGAGAGGAGGAAGGCAGAAUAUCGCUCCUACAGACUGAAUGCACAGCUCUACAACAAGAGGAUCACGGAGCGCGUCCUGGGACGUAGAUCUGCAUGGAGAUGACCACCAACUCCAAAGCAACACCAGCUAUGUUUUAAUCUGACUGAGGCCUGAGUGUUUCACUGGUUAUGUUUUAGAGCUUUUUACUUGAGAUGUUUUAAAUUUUAAAUAAACGUUUUUACUGUUUUCUUAAAGAA